CUGGAACUCCCACACAAAUAGUUGCAGCUGGCUUUAGCCUAGCUACUUUUCGUUGAUUUGUUAGUUUGAUUGAAAAUUCCGGGUCAAAGAACCUAGCCACAUCUGGUUUUUUGGAAGUCGGUCCGUCGAAUUAUAAGCAACCAAGCACAUAAUUUUCCUGCACUAGCCUGAGCUCCAGACCCUACGAAAGUUCUUUAUUUCAGGUUCUAGAUGCUUUUGCUGUUCUGUUAAAUUUUGCGUCAAAUUAUAAUUCAAGCCGAUUAGAUAUAAUAAUUACAACAAGAUCAAACUAUUCAUUUCAGAUCUUCCAUCAGUUUAAGCAAAAAAUAAAUAGGACAGUAAUGAUAUUCUCCACCCUUUGAGAAGAUAUUCUUUUCUCAGUUCUGUGAAUUUCCAGCGCAGUGGUUAUGGAAAGCUCUUAAUAGCUCAGGGGGAGUCUUUAAAAAUUUGGCUUGAUACUUAGGAGUUUGGAACACACAUUUUUGCUUCAACGCUAUAAAUUUUUAAAAUGAAGCAAGCACAGUUGCAUGCACAGAUGUUUUCACAGAUCAGAUAAGUGACAAGCAUAGAUUUUGGUGACAGUUGCAGUUCAACAGGCUGACAAGCAGUCGGUGGUUAUUGGGCCAGUGUUACAGUUUAAUCAGUGUUACAGUUAAAAGACUUCAAUGCAGUAAGAGAGAAAUGACCUUGGAAAGAGAGAAAUGCUGUGUUGAAGAUAAAGAGUAGCGCGGCACCAAUUGCUCAGGUACACAUCCACAGCAUCUUUGCUUACGAACAAUGAAUGAAACAUUAUGUCUUUUUGUUUGUGUAUUCGGGAACAUAACUGGCAACAUAACCGGGAACAUGACCGUGAAAAUAGGCGAGGACAUAGCCAAGAACAUAACCGGGAAUUUGACAAGCAACGUUAGCCAAGUUCUCUCUCCCAUACACACCAACAAAGCACACUCUUUCUCAUCAACGAAAGUCAUGAUCGAGAUGGCAUUUCACUGUGUCAUAUUCAUUUUUGGCACACUGGGCAACGUUUUGGUUGCAUUUGUCAUCCUUUUCAACAAAUCCUUGCGGUGCACAACAAACUGGCUGGUUCUUAAUCUCGCCAUUGCUGACCUUGGGAUAACCCUGUUCAACAUACCGAUGACCAAUAUUUACCACUUUACUGGUUGGCCGUUUGGCGAAAAUCUCUGCAAAUACUUCCUUGGCGCCUUUGGAGAAUGCAUCGUCGGUGUUUCCGUUUUCACCCAUACCUCUUUGGCACUCAUUCGGUACCACGUGGUAGUCAACCCAAUGAGGUGCACCAUUCAUCUGUGGCAUGUCCAGCUUGGUAUCCUUGUCAUAUGGCUGCUGGCAUACGCUUUUCUCUCUGCACCCCUUACCGGAAAAUUCGAAUUAGCUUACAGCCGAAUAAUCAACGAUUACGUUUGCAAACCUGCUUGGCCUUCCUUCGAGUACAGAAUCCUCUACAGGUCGUGUGUCUUUAUUGUCACAUAUGUCAUUCCAAUGGUGGUGGCGACAUACUGCUAUGUGAAGAUUUACAACGCCUUGAAAACCAGCAUCAAUUUCUUUAGAAAGGGUAAUGCUGUUAAUGCAACUCAGAUGCUGCGAAGAGAGUACAGAAGCAAACGCCUGACCAAAGCCCUUUUCAUCCUCUACAUUCUGUUUUCAAUUACAACCUUGCCCCUUGAGGUCUUCUACGUACUGAUAGAUUCAGGAGCUCUUCCAACCAGCGUCUAUUUUGCUCAUGUGUGGUCACUUCUUGUGGCUCUGUUUUACAGCCUGUCAGUGGUGAACCCCUUCAUGCUUUUCUACAUCAGCGAAGAAUACAGAAAUCAGCUGCUAAAUAUGUUUAGAUUUUGCCUUUUCUGGCGAAGGUCAAGGCUAAAUGCAUCUGAAAAAAUGGCUGCAAAGCCAGCAAAGACCGACCUCUCCCAUACGAUGACCAGAACGUCUCGAACGGAUGCAAAGAAAUGUGAAGGGGAAACUGUUCACUUGCAGAUACUCAAGCCAGCAUCAAACGGAGCUGGAGAGAAGCAAAACUCAGAGAAUGAAGAGACUCAAUCACUGUGUAAGAAGUAGCUAACAAUAUUUGCUAAGUUCUAAUAUCUGAUCGUGUGGCAGGUAGUCAAGCUAAAAAUAUAACACGGUAUAUGUUUAGCUAAAAGUCUAUUCAAAUAAAGUUGAUCCACAUAUGUUAGGAUCCCAGCAGUUAGGAUCCCAAAUUUUAGCAAAAAGCAGUUAGGAUCCCAAAUUUUAGCAAAAAGCAGUUAGGAACCCAAAUUUUUGAAUGUUCUACACAACAGCUUCUCUUUCCCGCCAUUUGACAUGACGUCAGUCUCUACGCACCACAGCAAAGCUAGAAAAGAUCUCGGCCUCCAAGUCAUUCGGCUAAAUUUGUAACAAAAACUAAAAAACCCAUCUCUCUUUUUCUUGUAAUAUUUGCUGGCUUUGGAUUGUUUUACUUUUGAUGAUAGGCAUAUAAAGUAUAAAUGAAAAUUCAUCUAAAGCAAAUUUUAUGAUGCUUAAUAACUAAUGUAAAACUGGCUCCAGAAUUUGCCAGUAGCUUUUUCUGCUCAAAAACCUUACGAGAUGUUAUCCUGUUCCAUGUUUUAUGGAAUGGCCUUGUUGGAGACAAGAUCUCUGUAGGCUUGUAAAAUAACCUACCUUCGUAAGGUAGAUAAAGAAACGAAAAUAGUAAAAAAGAUGAUUUUUUCGAGUAAUAGUGAAUACCCACUCCUUUGCCAUAUUUCUCUACAAAAAACUAAUCUUGUGGGGUCACCUAUUUGUGAUUUUUAUCAUUGAGUUUCUUUGAAGUUUUGCCAAAAAUUGUCUUAUUUAGCUUGCAGUGUUUAAAAGGUUCUUUUUGAUAUUAUCUAAUAAUAAAUUAUAAUUACAUAUUACUAACAAGUAACUAUGAAAAAAGCUUCUGGCUCGAGUAACUUUAAUUCUUAAUUCAUUCUAUUCCCAUUCUACUCAUUCUCUUUCUGACCAGCAUCGACGCUGUUGUUGAUGUCAUCAACCAUUUAAUGUUGUCUUUUACCCCGUGUACCUAAAACAAUAACAAGGUACCAAAGGGUCGUUUCUUCUAUUUCCUUGAUACAUAUUUCCCUGAGACAUAUUUCCUACAUCUUGUGUCUACUUCUUUGUAAUGACCCCUUUUUCUUUUUUUUCUGUUGUUCUUUUUGUGUCUGUUCACAACGAUAUAUAUAUAUAUAUAUAAUAUACUUAUAUAUAUAUACAUAUGUUCCAGAUGGGUCUUAUAUAAACAGUGUAUAUAAACAUGUAGUGCAUGUUGCUAUGUAGCUUAGAUUUUUUUGUAGCAUUAUUCAAGAUAAUUUAAGGUAAUCAUCGAUAAAUACUAAAUUGUAAACUUUGGGCAUAAUAUGAUACAACGCUGCAAUAAGUAGCUAUCGAAAUUUCUUUGCUUUUUUAACUAUUAUCUUUUAUUUUAUUGUCUUUGAUCUAAUAUAUAAAUCUACUAUCAUUUUCGUCAGUAGUGUUGCAAUAAAAGUGAACUUUACUUUAAAAUCUCGUAAGAUUUUGAUUUGCUAUUAUUUGCAAUGUAUAAUGUUUAUUGUAAUAUGUUUCUGGUAAAAAAAUGUAUGUAGGCAUUUGAAACUUUAUUCCAGAGACUGUUAAAUAGAAAUAAUAUGAAGAUAGGCUUUGUGGCUUAACAUUGUAUUAAUACUUAUCAAACUGUGUUUAUGUGCAAAAGAUUAAACGAAUGGGUGUGAGCUGUUAGUAACUUUCACGGUAGAAUAAAUUGUUAGUGAAACUAGGUUAUUCAAGUUAUAACCUAGAUAUCUUCGCGUUGGAGACGUUUGUGAUUUAGUCAAUUAAGUUUAGAUACUUUGCAUGAACAAUGUCAGACAUUUCUGAUAGCAGUUAAUGUAUUUGGAAAAAAUUAUGAAAAAAUUUGUGGGAAUUGUAACUUCAAUGUUACUUCUUGUAGCUUUUCAUUUUGUUCCUCUUCUGCAGAUAAUGUACAUCAUCUUUUCAGUUAGAAUAAAAUUUGUUUAUGUUUGUGUUUAAUCUUUUACUCUUUUCCCUGUGUUUUUCAGCCAAUAUCGAUGCAAUUGGUAUUUCAUUUUCCUUUCCAUUAAACCUUAUGCAGCCAGUAGACUAGAGUGUUGCUUUGCCUUCAACCUUUUUAAGUCAAUAUUCAAAUGUUAUCUGUCACUAUAUGCAUCUUUUGAUUUUUUACAGGUUAUCCAUUUGCGUGAUUCGUCAGUUUCUUUUUCUUUAAAUAUUUUGCAGCCAAUUGAUUCAAGUAAUUUCAUUCAUUUCAUUCAAGUAACGGCAUUUCAUUCCUUUCUUAAUCUUUCUUCAUCAAUCGAUACGAGUAAUGCUUAGCCUUUCUUUCCUUUAAUCAUUCAAAACCAAUUAAUAAAAAACACCUUUCCACCCUUCUAUUGGUUGUAACCAAAUUAUAGGAGUCAAGCUUCUUCGCUCUUUUCCUUCCAUCUUUUUAGUAGAAGAAAUUCAACCUUCAGCUUUUAAUUCUUUCGGUUGCUUUUACCCAAUAUUUGUUAAACAAGCAUCUCCUUUCACAAAUGAAGCUACGAAACCUAAUGGGGCUGCAAAAAACAAGUCCCCAAUUCUGUUUUCGACAGAAUCAGUCCGUUCAAAUUUGAUGCAAAAAUGUUGGGGGGAGGGUUAAUAUUUUGGUAUCAUAUUUGUUUGUGAUGUAAUCAUAUGAUUUAGAAGCUGCCUUUAAGUAACUAAAAGUUCUCUUCAGGCACAAUUGACGUUUAUUUUAGGUUAAAAGAGGUAAACUGGGCGUGGCCUAAAAACAAUCUUUUCUCUCCUCCAAAGCCUAGGGGCUGGCGCCGCCACUGCAGGUUUGACAUAAUAGCUUCGACUUUCAUGCAUAAUCCAAGCUUAGAUGUGAAGAUUUUAAUGAGGAUUCCGAUUCUUUUAGAGCUCUGCUAUUUUCAUUCAAAUUCUUCCAUCAGAAUAGUCAACAAUGUACGAACGUUGAAUCUAGUCUUAAGAAGGCAGCAAAAUCUUCAAGAGCGUCUCUUCGUCAAGUCGUCUUGGCUUCUGCACAAGCGCCUUAGAUUUGCAACUGAGACAGAUCAUGUCAUGGCACAGGUUGCGUCAGUAUAAUAAGUCGUCAUCCUUUUUCAUUAAAACUAUUAAAAUGCACAGAUUCAGAGGAAAAGGGCAACCACCAUGGGCGAAUGAACAUAAGCGGUCUGGUAUCCUAGUUGUAGGGUGGCUUUGAAGCUGUAAGGGCCCGGAUGAUGGUGAGGUAAGUGACCACAUCCAUUGAAGUAACAGCCUCAAGUAUUCUUUCAUUUGAAAACAGGUUAUAACUUAAUUGAUAUGCUGGUAACAUUUGUGAUGCAGUUUUUGCACAUUUUGUACUCUAUGUGAAUCAGCUAAAUCUCCUUGUUUUGUCUUUUGAACUUUAAAUAAGUGUUAACAGUAUUUAUCAGAAUUACUCGAACUGUGGAAAAGUCUCACCAUUUGACAUGUGUUGCAGAAUAGCCAGAUCAAAGUACCGAGAAACAUCGUUUAUGACAAAUAUAUACGAAGAAUUAGGAGGCAUCAUGAAUAAUAGAUGGAUUUGAUUAAGUAACGAAAAAUUUUAAGCAGAUAACUUAGAAGAAUUUCGUCAAAAAAGAUCUAUAAACUGAAAUCACUUGCAGACUCUUGCAGACAAACAGUCUUAAUGUAUGAUGAGCGUGUAUUUCAGUUAUAAUGGAAGCGUUUAAAACUAUAUUAUAGUCUAUUCAUAUUUCAUAUUUGAUUUGUUUAGGGAGGGUUGCCCUUCAACAGAAGUUGUUUUUCAAGGUGCCAUCCAAUAAAAGUUAAUAACAAUAUAUAAUUGAAAUGCUAGAA